ACUAUCAGGAUUGCAUUUUGUGACACUCUUAUUUUCUUUGUGAGUCAAUUGUUAAACCUGGGCAAAGCAGAAGGCUCAUUUCUAUAAAAAUCCUAGAGUCUCAAACAAGCAAAAAGCACUCUCUACACAAAAAUGAGGCUUUUCCCACUUUUACCAAUGGGUACAAUUCUUGUAAUUCUGUGUGUUUCCAAUAUUCACAUGGCCUUUGCUCAAAAUGAAAACCAAUUCAUCUACAAUGGCUUCCUUCAAGCCAGGCUGCAUCUUGAUGGAUCUGCUAAAAUUACCAGCAAUGGCCUACUGCUGCUAACCAAUACCGUAAACAUUUCACACCCGCAAGUUGGUCACGCUUUCUUCCAAUUUCCUUUCAAAUUCAACACAACUUCCUCAGGUUUAAGUCCAUCUCUCUCAUUUUCUACAAACUUUGUAUUUGCCAUUGUUCCACAAGUGCCAAAUGUUGGAGGUUCCGGCAUGGCCUUCACCAUCAGUCCAUCCAGUAACUUCACCAACGCUGAAGGAAAUCAGUAUCUAGGACUCUUCAAUUCUUCAAAUGAAGGCCUUACUUCAAACCACAUUUUGGCCAUCGAGCUUGACCCUACUCUGAAUCCAGAAUUUGGAGAUAUUGAUCAAAAUCAUGUGGGAAUCGAUGUAAAUAGCCUGAACUCAACUGAUUCAGCUUCUGCAAUGUAUUUUUCCAAUAAAGAAGGGAAAAAUAUAAGCCUGGAGCUCAAGAGUGGGAAUCCAAUGCAUCUUUGGAUAGACUAUGAUGAGGCAGAAAAGUUACUUUGUGUAACACUAGCCCCGAAUGGAAUCCCAAAACCAAACCAGCCUCUCAUGUCAAAGUCCAUUGAUCUGUCUCAGUAUCUCUUGGAAUCUAUGUAUGUCGGUUUCUCAGCAGCAACUGGUAUACUUGUUCCAAGUAACCACUACGUUCUAGGAUGGAGCUUUAAUAAAAGUGGACAAGCACAAAGCCUUGAUGUUUCCAAGCUUCCUUCACUUCCUCGACAAAGGAAAGCAAAAGAGAUAUCAGGACUAAUGAUCAUGGUUUUGCUCAUAGCAGUAGCACUUGUACUGAUAACAAUCACUGGAACUGCUUACAAUUCAAGGAGGAAGAAAUUUGAAGAAAUACGUGAAGACUGGGAAAAGGAGUAUGGUCCUCACAGAUUCACCUAUAAGAAUCUCUACAAGGCAACCAAAGGUUUCUCAGACAAAGAGCUUCUUGGAGCAGGAGGUUUUGGAAAGGUUUAUAGAGGAAUACUUCCUUCUUCCAAUACACAAAUCGCAGUCAAGAAAGUCUCCCAUGAUUCCAAACAAGGGAUGAAAGAAUUUGUGGCUGAGAUUAUUAGCAUGGGAAGGCUGAGGCACAGAAACUUGGUCCAGCUCCUGGGAUAUUGCCGGCGAAGAGGAGAACUCCUCUUGGUCUAUGAUUAUAUGCCCAACGGAAGCCUUGACAAGUUCUUAUAUAGCAAUGAAAAGCCAAACCUUAACUGGAUUCAACGGUUUCGGAUCCUGAAAGGAGUAGCUUCUGGCCUUCUCUACCUCCAUGAAGAGUGGGAACAGAUUGUUCUACACAGAGAUGUAAAAGCAAGUAAUGUUCUAUUAGAUGCUGAAUUAAAUGGAAGGCUAGGAGAUUUUGGCCUUGCCAGAUUAUACGACCACGGUACCAAUCCUCAAACCACCCAUGUGGUUGGGACAGUGGGUUAUUUGGCUCCAGAGCUUACUAGAACAGGAAGGGCAACCACUUGCACUGAUGUGUUUUCUUUUGGGGCUUUCAUGCUUGAGGUGGCUUGUGGAAGGAGGCCUAUAGAGCUACAAGGACUGCCUGAAGAGGUUGUUUUGGUUGAUUACGUCUUUCUGUGCUGGGGAAAAGGAGCCAUCCUUGAUGCUAGUGAUCCUAGAUUGGAAGGUAAUUAUGUGGUGGAGGAAAUGGAAUUGGUUUUGAAACUAGGCCUGUUUUGCUCACACUUAGUGCCAGAAGCUAGGCCUAGCAUGAGGCAAGUGGUGCAGUUUUUGGAUGGCAAUGCUAAGCUGCCAGAACUACCAAAUGACAAAGCUUGUUUUGGUACAUCUACAAGUAAUGAAGCGUCUGAUUUCUUGUUGUCAUUUCCCUCAUCUUUUAGCAUAGCUUCUGCCCCUUCCUGUUCUAGCAUUGAUUCAAUCCUCAGAAGUGGUCGUUGAAUUAGUAGUAUAUUGUGCUAUGGGUUGAAUAGAUCAUGGAUCAAUGCUUGGGACCAAAUCAGCAAGUGGCAAAUACAAAACACCGAUUGCUUGGUGUGGUGGGAAUAGAAAAUAGAAACUUUUGAAGAAUGUGAUGUAUAUAGUUGCUUUCUCUAGUGUAGAAACUGUUAUGGCAGUCUUCUUUCUUUAUUUUUUUUUUUUUUGAUAAAUUUUAGUAGUCUAACUUAAGCUCUAAGUAGUGCCACAAUAAGAUCAAUUUAGUUGUUGCAAGCUUUAUAGAUCAAUAUUUACAGAACCAUAUUUAUUUAGUAUUU